AUGUUUUCUGCCAGGUUCGAUGGCAGUGAGAUCGAGCGCAAAUUCCGCGAAGUUCACCGCCUUCUGGACGAGAACGGCUAUCAGGUUCUCAUCGUGGAUGUCUGUGCUGGCGAUGAUUUCGGGGAUGACACCAUGGCCUAUCUUGGUAAGAUCAAGAAGCACAAGGGCGUCCUGCUUUCGGUGUGUACAUGGCACUAUGCGGAAGUCACGAAUUCGAAAUAUUCUUCUUUCGAGGAGUUGAAGUUUGCCCAUGGCAACGACCUUCAUAUCCUGCCGCUCCGAGUCUGCGACGACCCUUGGCCUCCAGAGCCGCCAUCCGGGCCGAACCAUGGCUACGACAAGAUGGGGAAAGCAGAGGGUUUGCUUGGAAUGGCCAUCCCGCCCAGCAAGAUGUACGUGGACUGCCGCAAGCUAAGCGAGCAUCAGAUUGCCCUCAGGAUUGCACAGGAACUGCGACAAGGCGUCGCCGUCGGACAUGGCCAGAAGGUUCCUGGCCCCAACUCCAACCCUGUGUUCGCGCCUCCGCCGCGGACGGCGGAG